GGUGAAGGAAAGGAGAGGGAGACUGCAACCUUUUCUAUUCAGUUUCUAUCUCGUUUUUUGGCAAUGAUGAUGAAUUUGGCCUUUGCGGUAGGAGGGGGAGUUGGAGAUUGGAGUACUGUUGUUCCAAGACCUGUUGUCGACGUUUAUGGAGAGGAGGUGGGGGAGGUCUUAGUAAGGGCGUUGGAGAAAAUGAGUGUGAUGGAUAAGGGGAUGAGCUCCAACCUCGUGUUUGAUGCAGAACUGUCCAAACUGAGAAUUUUGGAUCGUGUAAAUGGAAUGCUCUUACCACUCGAGAGAGCAAACAUCUUUCGCAAUUGGACCGGAGAGAAAUUGCGAGCGAGUUUCGAGAGAGAACACAGGCUUGGGUCGAGUAAAGGAUUAGAUGUCCUAUUCGAAUUUUUUAACCGUAAUGCUUUCUGCGUCGUGGAAAAGUUGAGCAGCAGGGGGAGAAUUUGGGUGGUCGAGAGAGGAAUGGUGGAGAGAAUGCUCGACCAUUGGAUCCUCGGCGAACCAAUUGCAGGAUUCGCUGUGGCAAAAAAAUUUGGGAAGUCAGUGGACGAAUUGGUGGAGGGAGAGUUGGUUUUGGUAAAGGAAUCUUGUGAGGCCGAAUCCAAGGCUUGGAAGGGGAAAGGAAGGUGGGAAUUUGUGGCAGUGGGAUUGAUCAUCGCUUUCGCCGGAAGCUCAAGGAAGGAAGUGGUUUCUGGCCUCCUGAAGGGAAUGAAGGCAAUCGAAUGGGAAGGGUUUGGAAUUUUGCAAGUCAUAAUGCUCAUCAAGAAGACUUUGAAGGAAGCCAAGAAGGAAGAGAGAGAGACGAUUCGGAUGGAGGAUCUGUUCAAGUUUGGAGAAGGGACUUGGAUUACAAACCUUGGAUGUAAGAGGCUCGGGAAGGACUUCAACUCCAUUUUCGCUGGAGGUGGAGGAGCCAACUUAAACUUUGUUGUCUCAUGGCGAUCUGUGACUGAACGCCCGGUGCCAAAUGAACGUCCGAUCUUCAUCCCUCUUCAGACUCCAUCGGAGCAGGAGGAGGAGGAUCACGGAGGAUCUUGUCGAAGACGUCAGAUUUCUGAGCAUUUUUGCUCACCUCCUCGAAAACUGAGUCCUCCUAAUUCACCCCCGGAAUCUGGACGAUACCUAGAUGUAUCUUAGGAUUUUUCUCGCCUCAUUCUAUUUUAAGCCUUGUUGGACUCUCCUAAUGAAUUUUGUCUUUCAUU